AUGAUAAUCUAUGCCAAUGAUCAGGACUACAGUGUGCGAUACUACGGCGAACAACAAUUUAAUGCGACCGUAAACGGCAUGACCCUGAGGAAACUAGAAGACUCUUUACAAAUCUCCUCAUCUGACAGUAAGAUUUAUUCCACUAAAUGAUUAUGAACGUAUGACUUUUUUUCCAACAAAAUAUGUAUGUUAUAAACUUAUUUGACACUUUUAGCUUUAAGUUAAUUUUAUCUGCUAUUAGGUAGGCUUAUAUAUGACUAAAUAUGUGCUCAGAACAUAAUGUGCCCAUUUAGUGUCAUUUGAAAAUAUUUUCAGAGAAAACAUAUAAUUAUAUUGCAUUUUAUAAACUAGUUAUGUACAAUGUAAUUUUUUUUUUUAAAUGACUCAGGAAAAAGUAAUUUUUAAUUUUUAAAAAUCUUCAUGCCCAGGUGUUGCAGUGAAUGUAACUCUUACAAAUAAGCUGUUGGAAUUUGCAGUGGUCUUAGAUACCAAAUACAAGAAUAAAACUAGAGGGUUACUUGGAAACUUCAAUGAUAUCAAGGCUGACGACUAUCAAUUUCCUGAUGGC